ACACGUGACAUUAAAGUGCUGAUAAUUUAACAUGUGAUAAUUUCGGCCUGCGGGAUGACAUGUGUUGUUCUACCAAAUUAUAUGCAGGUUAUACUUCCUACGUUAUCAAUUUUCGGCCAGAAUAUGUCUAUUUUGCAUCAAGUCCCUGAAGGUCAUGUUGGGGUUUACUGGAGAGGAGGUGCACUUCUCAAUGUGAACACAGAUCCAGGUUUCCAUUUGAAAUUGCCCCUGAUAACUUACUUUGAGCCUAUUCAAGUCACUUUACAGACAGAUUUGGUGAGGAAUAUUCCUUGCGGAACUAAAGGAGGUGUUAUGAUUAAUUUUGCGAAGAUCGAAGUUGUUAAUCGUCUUCACAAGGACUACGUAUAUGACACAUUGCGCGACUAUGGUGUUAAAUAUGACGACACAUGGAUAUACGACAAGAUCCAUCAUGAGAUUAAUCAGUUCUGUAGUGCUCAUUCCCUUCAGCAAGUUUAUAUCGAUAUGUUCGAUCAGAUUGAUGAAAAAAUGAAAGAUGCUCUUCAGGCGGACUGCACGCGUUAUGCUCCAGGUAUUGAAAUUAUUAGUGUGCGUGUUACUAAGCCAUCCAUUCCUGAAAGUGUAAGGCGGAAUUUUGAACAAAUGGAAGAGGAGCGCACCAAGGUGUUGAUUGCAGAAGAGAAACAGAGAGUUUCCGAGAAGGAAGCUGAAACCAAGAAAAAAAUUGCUAUAAGUGAAGCUGAAAAAAAUGCUUAUGUUAGUAAGAUCCAAAUGGAACAGAAGUUGACGGAGAAAGACAGUUUGAGGAAAGAAGCGGAAAUUUCUAAUACAAUGUACUUGGCUCGUGAAAAGAGUUUGGCUGAUGCUGACUAUUACCGCACAAUGAAAGAAGCAGAAGCAAACAAGUUGAAGCUUACUCCUCAGUACUUGGAACUCAGGUUUAUUGAAGCUAUUGCCAACAAGUCCAAGAUAUAUUUCGGCAACAAGAUACCCAACAUGGUUCUUGAUCAGAGGCUGCUCGGAAACUUCUUGCAAGAUGUAGUCGUGAAAGAGAACUUGGAAGCCUGAGUUUCUACUCCACUUUGAUGCUGAGAAUGGGAAUUCUUUCUUUGUCUUGGUCAACGUUUUCAUAUAAUUACAUGCUUUGAAACUAGGAAGAUGGGUUAACCAUUUGCAUAAGAUGGCUGUUUUGCAAUGCUAGACUUUGUUCAUUUUACUUGCGCAUCAGAUUCUUGAAUAUGUACAGGAUACGUCCUUUUGUUGCUAAUUGGUCCACCCUUCAUAUAUUUUCACUGAUAAUCUAUAACCAUAAUUUUCUUAC